AUGGCUGCUGCUACUGCUAACACUGUGAACACUGUGAUGGGCUACCAGAAGUCCAUUGAGCCCCUGAAUGGCACCAACUACCCCAGCUGGUAUAAAGAUGUUAAUAUUGCCAUUGCUAUGUGCGAGUAUGAUCUCGCCUUACGUCAAGACAAGCCAGCAGAGCCCGCUGAUCCCAAUGGCGAUCGUACUGCCAUUGAGAAGUGGGAGAGAUCAGACAGGAUGGCCAACAUGAUCAUUAAGAACACGAUCUCUCUGGCCAUCUAUGGUGCUAUUCCUAAUAAGGACCAGGAUGGUAAUGAGCUGAGCACCAAGGCAUACCUUGCCAAGGUGGAGGAGAACUUUAAGAGUUCUUCCAAGACUUAUGCUAGCACCCUGAUCAUGAAGAUGCUGACUUCACAGUAUGAUGGGCAAAGUGGAAUCAUGGAGCACAUUAUGAGUAUGUGUGACAUGGAAAAUAAGCUGAAGACACUGGAUAUGGCUAUCUCUGAUGGUUUUCUAGUGCACUUCAUCAUGACUUCUUUGCCAGUACAGUACAGUCCCUUCAAAAUAAGCUACAACACUUAG